AUGUCUUUCAGCUACAUUUCCUGUAUUCUUCUAUUCUCCCUACAAAGGUCGUACUGCAGUGGACCAGAAGUUGUAGAAGAGCCUUAUCACACUCAUGUCGUUCCUGCUGUGCCAGUAGAGCCUGCACCAGCACCUUAUGUGGAGCCAGCACCUGUACCAGUGAUACCCACAAAAGUUGUGGAGCCAGUACCAGUACCAGUAGUGCCAGCAAAAGUUGUGGUUCCCGCGCCU